UUUUUUUUUUGCUGACUGACCAAUCGUCACUGUCCUCUGACGUCACCGGCUAGCGGGGCCCAGAGCGACAGACAAAAAAAAAAAGGAAGACGUGGUUGUGGGAAUUUAAGAAGGAGACGAACCCUGUACCCGCAGACGGUGAGAUCGGGGGGUCCAAACGGAGAGAGGAGGAUGGGGUGCGGCGGCUUCACCUGCUACAAGAACGCGCUGUGUGCGCUGAACGUGGUGUACAUGGUGAGUGUGAGCCACAGCCUCCCCGGCCAGCAACGCAGGCCUCUCCCAGCCACAGGACUACAACUCCCAGCAUGCCAUGACUGGGGUGCCUUGCUGUGGGAUUCUGGGAAUUUGAUUUGGAGGCCGCAGUGUGCCUUUCUAGAGCAGGGCUAGGCAGCCUCUGGUACUCUAGAUGUUGUGGACUACAUCUCUCAUGAUGCCUUGCCAGCAUUAUCAUGAUGGCUGUAGCAGCAUUAUGGGAGAUGUAGUCCACAUAUGGAGUGCUGAAGGUUGGCUACCCCUGCCAUAGAUUAUAACCCAAUUAAUUCCCUCCCAGCAAGCCCUGCUACCCUGCUCCUGCCUGUCUGCCAGCCAUCCCAGUAGGGAGGCUAUCUGUGUGCUCCUUUUUUUUUUUAUUCCUUUCUGUAGUUGUAAUUUAUUUUAUUUAUUGUAACAAUCUUACUAUGCAAAUGGUUAUUCAUUGUGAGUUUAGUUUAUUAGGCCACAAUAGCUGAAUGUGUAUUCUGGCUUUCUGUGUUACCAAAGAAUUUGGAAUUUACUUUUGAAUUCCUGGUAAUUCACUGUUUGUUUUGUAAAUCAUAACGCAGACAGCACUCCAGGCUAUAGAAGGUGAAUUUAUUUGUGGGUUCACCACCUCACCAAAAUAAGCACAACGUUUCAGCUCCUCAGAGCCUUCAUCAUGAAUUAGGAGCCGAAACGUCGCAAUUAUUUUGGUGAGGUGGUGAACCCACGAAUAAAUUCACCUUCUGUAUCCUGGAGUGCUGCCUGUGUUUCUCUUCUUUGAUAUUACAUUGGUGGAUUUAGCGUUGUCCAUCCUACACACUGAUCGUCUCCUUGGCGGAAGGUCGGAGCAUAUGCGCAGGGCCUGAGUGCAGGGUAUUCUGUUUUUGUUGGACAGUUUAUAAAGGCCAGUCACUCCCAGCUUUAAAGCUCUACACAUUAUUUAAAGUAUUGUGGGGCAUAAUAAUGUUGACCCCUUUAACUCUUGUAGAACUACAAAGCCCUUGUUACUUAGCCAGCCUUAAAGGACCACUAUAGGCACCCAGACCACUUCAGCUUAAUGAAGUGGUCUGGGUGCCAGGUCCAGCUAGGUUUAACCAUUUUUUCUAUAAACAUAGCAGUUUCAGAGAAACUGCUAUGUUUAUAAAUGGGUUAAUCCAGCGUCUAGUGGCUGUCUCAUUGACAGCCGCUAGAGGGCUUCUGCGCUUCUCACUGUGAUUUUCACAGUGAGAAGACGCCAGCGUCCAUAGGAAAACAUUGUGAAUGCUUUCCUAUGGAUUGGCUGAAUGCGCGCGAGGCUCUUGCCGCGCAUGCGCAUUCAGCCAAAGAGGAGGAGAGCUCCCCGCCUGGCGCUGGAGAAAGAGGUAAGUUUAACCCCUUCUUCUCCAUCCAGCCUGGCGGGAGGGGGACCCUGAGAGUGGGGGCACCCUCAGGGCACUAUAGUGCCAGGAAAAUGAGUAUUAAAGGCAGCAAAACCAUUGUGUGAGUUGUUAGUUAUACAGUCAUUUUUUUUUUUUUUUUUUGCUUUGUUGCAACAUUCUUUGUAACUGUUUAUGACUAAGACAAUCAGUUUUCAUAAAGUAUACAGAUAUGAUUUCACUUUGAUUCGUGAUUCCUCAGUGAGAGGCAGUAAAUUAAAUUGUCCUUAAAAGCUGGAAUCAGUGAGUCAGGGUUAUCCAUUUAAAAAGAGCAUUUUCAGGAAUUCAAAGUAGUCAAACCGGAAUAAUUCUCCAAAUAAACUUUACUUCCAUUCUGCAAUUUUUGCGUGAAAUUUUAAAUUCGGUUAGAAUUUAUUUUCACUUUAGGAAAUAAACCUGUUUGUUUUAUUUCCCAGGAUUUAUUUCCCAGGAAUCCUGGAUCAACACAGUUACCAUCCACUUUAAAGGGUAACCCUAAAAACUAUGACCACAUAAGUGAUUUGAAGCAGUACUAGUCCCAGGAGUGUUAAUAUGCAGCAUUUUGCUAUAAAGCACUGUGCAUAUGAGUUCCAUUCAUUGUCAGUCAAUGAAUAGUCGGCAUCAGACCCAAAUAAGAGGGCAAUCGUUUGCAAAACAGUUUGCCCUGUUACCAGGCUAGGGUACUCCUGACAUCGUAAACUCUACAUCAGGCUGUAGUAGUUAUGAUGCUUGUAAUAACCCUCUAACUUUUGUAUCCUGUAAUGUUAUGUUUUAUUUCCAUGAAAUCACACAGACCUUUUAAAAUCCUCUGCAGAUUCUGAUAAAACAACCUUUUCAGGCAAGGCAUUCCAUAUUCUUAUCGUUCUUACUAUAUAAAAAAAAAAAAAAAAAAACCUCUUCCCUUUACAGUAAAGACAAUUUCCUUCCAGGUCUAAAAUAAUGAAGUUUUGUGGGUUUGUCCAUGUCUAAAUUCUGUAACAAUGGGGAUCCUGACAAAUACUUAACUGUUGGUGUGCAUUGAUGACUGGCUUGAGACUCACUGCUCUACUCUAUACAAUAGUCUGCAGUUUGGAUAAUUUUUCUUUAAAGAAUCCUAUCACUCCCAUAACGACGACAACUCAAUAUAGUUGUAAUAGAAACAGGAGUGUCCAGCUGGAGUCUUAAAGGAUCACUAUAUAGUGUCAGGAAAAAAAAAAUGUUUUCCUGACCCUGUCAUCCUUGGGGGACUCUCACCCUAAGGGUCCCCCUCCUGUGGCGCUGAAGGGGUUAAAACCCCUUCAGCAGCUUACCUUAAUCCAGCGCCGGGCUCCCUCCGCGCUGGUGACCUCUCCUCCCCCGCCGACGUCAGCUCCCGAGUGGAGCGGAGUGCGCGUCAAGAACCGCGCGCGCAUUCUAACAGUCCAUAGGAAAGCAUUUCUCAGUGCUUUCAUAUGGAGGUUCUGCACGCUGGAUGCAAAUUUUGCAUCCAGCGUUGCAGAAGUGCCUCUAGCGGCAGUCAGGAAGACAGCCACUAGAGGUUGGAUUAACCCUGCAAUGUAAACUUAGCAGUUUCUCUGAAACUAUGUUUGCAUCUGAAGGGUUAAAACCUGAGGGACCUGGCACCCAGACCACUUAAUUGAGCUGAAGUGGUCUGGGUGACUAGUGUCCCUUUAACAGUUUUUUACCCCCUAGUUUGGCUCCCGCACUGGAGUCUGCUGUACCACAGCUUCCUUACAUUCUGCUUCUGCAGUUUACGGACAGUUUAGUCUUUGCAGCUAGUGAUAGGCUCACACUGUAAAACCAUAUUGCCAUGCAAGGUUAGAUGGUUUUAGAAUGGUAAUGCUGAUGUGAGUCUUCUUCAUAAUCCAAGUGGCUGCAAACUGAUACGUUUGAGAAUGAGAGCCCAGGUUAUUGUUUGUGAUCACAAACAUUCAAAUAAUCUUGAGUGUUCAUGAAUUGUUUCCUUUUUGGUAUACAUGUAGCUUUUCUGGUUUUAAAUUUAAAAGCAAAGAGGGAUUGAUUGUAAACAAUAGGAAGAAGAUAUUAUGCAUGAAGCAGAUAUAUUGUGCUAGAAAAGUGUAUACUCUGUGAAUAUCUCCAAUCGCCCAGAGAUAGUGUUCAUAUCAAAACCCACUACCUCUCUUCGAAUAACUUUCAGUAAUGUAACUUCCUGCCUGUUCUGUUUUAGUAUUUUAGGUCACAUGACUGCAACUUUUAUUUACAGUGCAAGUGUAACCAUUCAAAGUGUUCCUCUGGUGGCUAAGAUUUGGUAUUGCAAGUGUGACUAUGCGUCAUGUGAUGCUGAAUGGAAAGCCAUAACCAUUCUACAUACUGUGCGAGAGACAUUGCAAGUGACCGUAUCUAAAACACUGCAUGUAGUUCUGCAUUAGCAGAAUACCAUUAUGGGCCUCUUUAAGGUAGUCGGGCACACACAGACUGUAAUUAUACGUGAAAAUUAAACGUGUGAAAAACAAAAUAUUAAAUAUAUCCACAGGUUCUUGGUAAAAUGGUUUAAUGAAAACUUCCAAGAUGCCCUUAAAACCCUAGGCAGUCUACUUUCUGCAAACCGGUAUAUUUAGUAUGCUUUUGAAUUAUGUGAUUGCUAUACACAUUGUAGUCUCAGCAGGCAAAAUUGUGCUAUGGUUUCACUUUAUAACUAUAAUUCACUCUUUGCAAGAUUUAUUAUAUGCCUUCCAAACAUUUAUUGAAAUCCUGGAUAUUUGAGGCAUUUAGCAGUCAGGACUAAUAAGUAAAUCAAAUCUUUAGUUGCAGUAGAUGUGUAGAUAUUAUUAUAAGCAAAGCAGGAGGUGGAGUGGGGGGACUGGGAGAGCCUGAUUACUAUAGAGUAAUCUGGUUUCUGCUGCAGGAAUCUGAAACACCCUGGAUGAAUAAAAAAUGGUUUUAUUUUCAAUCCAACAUUAACUUGCUUUACAGAUUUUUAUCUAUUGGUCUAUAAAUUGAAAGUUAAUCACAUACAUGAUUCUUUUGUAAGAUCUUGCAAGUUAUUAACUGUAACUGUGCAGGACGUAAGAAAUUCUAAACUGAACAGAAUUUGCAGUAAAGGAAGUGUAAACAUUAGAUCUCCCUUUACAGGAAGAGUUUAGGAAGGCUGUGUAAGUCACAUGCAGGGAGGUGUGACAUAAAUAUUAGAGAAUUGAACAGUGAAACUGCAGGCGCAUGAUAUGUACACCAAAACUGCUUCAUUAAGGUAAAGUUGUUUUGGUGACUAUAGUGUCCUUUCAACAUUCUAAAUAUGCUGAGAAAUAAAAAAUAUGCUGUAAAAAAUUAUAUAGUAAUAGCAAAUUAUACAAAUCCAUUAGAUUUGCCACUGCUAUUAAAGAGAGCAAGUCACCAGGGUAUAGGUCAUAGAGAUGUCAGCAGUUAAAAAAGCAGAACCCAACAGAUACUGCAUACACAUGACCUCGGAUUGUGUGUUUUCCAUCUAGUACAGCAAAUACAAACAGCCUUGUAUACACACUGUUUACUGGCAGCAUUGUUUGUGUUUUAUGCAUAGAUAAGUCCCUCAUUAGUAGUAGGGAACACUGAUUCUUCAAUAGAUUUCUAAACUAGAAUAUAGUAGUAAAUAUUCUGAUCUCUCAGUCUGUUAGAUGGCCUAAAAUGUAACAUACACUGAACAAAAUUAUAAACGCAACACUUUUUAGUUUUUGCCACAUUUUUCAUGAGCCAAACUCAAAGCUCUAAGACUUUUUUUUUUUUUUAUGUACACAAAAGGCCUAUUUCUCUCAUAUUGUUCACAGAUCUGUCUAAAUCUGUGUUAGUGAGCACUUCUCCUUUGACGAGAAAAUCCAUCCACCUCACAGGUGUGGCAUAUCAAGAUGCUGAUUAGACAGUAUGAUUAUUGCACAGGUGUGCCUUAGGCUGGCCACAAUAAAGGGGGGCAGUAUGGCUUCUGGGGAGACCAGUUAGGAGAGAGUUACAGUUUUAGAGAUUGAGUUUCAGAAAGCAGGAGGACAUCUAAUCAGAGAUAGAAGAGAGGCAAUUGGUGACACAUUGUAGGACAGCAGGCGAAAGGUCAGGGGAGAUGAUGUAUAUCUGGGUGUCGUUGGCAUACAGGUGGUAGUGGAAUCCAUAUGAAUUAAUGAGUUUGCUAAGCGAGGCAGUAUAGACAGAGAAAAAAAGGGGACCUAUUGUUCCUUACAAUAUAGUGCUGUGAAAAGCUAGUAAUAGUGUUAAAUACAUACAGAAAUAAUAUAAUAUGUAAUUUCAAUUAAAUAUUGACAGUUUUUCUAUAGUGUUAAAAGUGGAGUUUCUGUGUGGCUAAAAUAAUCGAUCAUGUUUUACUAUUUGGAGUUAAAGGAACACUCCAAACAUAUAAAGCUCUUCCGUUUGCUCCUGAUUAAAAUGCAUUUCAUUAUUAAAUCUGACUUUUGGCAUCAGCAAGUUAAGUAUGCCAUCACAGGACCGUUUGCAUCCAGUGCAUCUCUUGGAGAUGCAUUCGAUUUAAUGUUUCUUGUAGAGAAUAACUGCAUUGGCAAUUUCUGUAGAUUUCCUGCUGGUUCAAUCACUAGGCAAUAGUCCUUUUUAGCAGUCCUCAAGCUUUCACAACAGCAUGUGAUUUGGAAGAUGCAGCGUUUUGGCUGUGCAUGUGUACCUCGUCCCUAAUGCAUCUCUAUGAGAAGCAUUGGACUGGACAAGAUCGUGGAAGACAUUGGCAGGCAUGCAAAGACUGAGGUGGCGUUAAUGGCUUCAGUGGAGGAGUCUCAGCGCUGGAAAUUAGGUAAGUAACUUAGAAUUAAUUCUCAGUGUUAUUUUGUCUGCAUUUUAUGUGAUGUGUUGAAAUAAUGACUAACUGAAUAGGUUGCAUGUUACAAUUUAGAUUUUUAUUUUCAUUGUCAUUUGUUGUAUUAAUUUUUUAUUUUCUUAUUUUUUUUUGUCAUUUCAGCUGGUGGGCUUACUGCUGAUUGGCGUGGCAGCAUGGGGGAAAGGUUUCGGAAUAGUCUCAAGCAUUCACAUAAUUGGUGGAGUCAUCGCUAUUGGAGUUUUUCUUUUGAUAAUAGCAAUUAUUGGCUUAAUCGGAGCCGUUAGUCACCAUCAAGUGAUGCUCUUUAUUGUAUCCUUUGUCCUAGUGAAACAAAACUUGCAACAUAUAACUUGUACUGACAAAGGUUGUCAAGUGUUUGGUGGGGAGGGUGGAAAAAAGCUACAGUUUCUUCUCAAAAAUCCUCAUGUGUUCUGAGCCUCGUUUAUAAAGCAAAACAUUGUUUAAAUUGUGAGUUCUUUUAAGAAAUGUUUGUAUCCAUCUCCCCCUGAUUAUGUACCCAGAGCAUGUUGAAGUAGAUCUGUCCGUCAUGAAAGAAUCUAGUUUGCUCUAUGGUCUCACAAGCUCUUAAAUGAUUUGUAACGUAUUGUACUUUUAGGAAAGUCACCUACCAUAUACUACAGGUCCUACACACAUAGGCUGUCCAGAACUGAAAUGUCGGGCAGGUUCUAUCUGGCCAAAAAUACUGUAUCUUCACACAUUGUAUUGCCUUUCUUGAAACAAUAUAUUGUUUGAAGUAUAUGCUUUGCAGUGCUUUAUGCUGUUUUGCCUAGCAUUGCUCUUAUCCGUCAAAGCAAAAACAAUACAUUUUCUACCAUGUCUUAUAUGAAAGAUCAGGAUUCACUGCCCUUUUAAAAUUAUGCAUACAAAAUAUUUUUGCCAAGUCACAUGGUUAUGCACAUUAUAGGUACUUUCCAGACUGUAGUUGAAUUUCACCAACAUUUUUAUGAAAUCUGCAUUGAGUUUUCUCCAGACCAUGAAGUGGCUAAUACCAUGUCUGGCUGUCCUGAUAUACUCAGUGUGUUUUGAGAUGUGAUGCAGCAGUAGUUUUAUUCAUGAAAAGCCAUUAAUAGGAUUGCUGCAAAAGUAAACAGCAAACAAUUCUUUAACCUUACCAAAUCGCACCUUGUGUUUUUGUAUAAAUGUAGCUAGUAAUGGCGUCAUUUGAGACUCUGUUAAAAAAAUGCAAAGGAACCAAGAAUCUGUAGACUCGCAUGGCAGGCACUAUAUAAGUAUGCUGUGGGACAGGAUAGAGCGGUUUGCACAUCUGUUUAUCCAUCCUGAAAAUAUUGGUUACUACAAUAGGUCAAAGAGCCUCUAGGCCAAAAACAUAUAGUGAGGAAACUGAAGGUAGGAUCUCGUACUCCAUCCUGUAGUAGCAUCUGAUUUAAUACGCUGAGUGGGGUCUUUGAGUCCUAGGAUAUUCGAUCUUUAGUAAGCUAUUAUUUUCUGGGAAGAUUCUUCUAAAUAUAUUUUUCUGUGUGCAGGUUUAUUUUCUUUUCCUUAACUGAGGUUUAGUAUAUGGUGGUUUUGAUUCUGGUCUUUAUAUUCCAACUUGUGGUGUCUUGCUCGUGUUUAGCAAUUAAUACAACACAAGUGGUAAGGAAAUGAUUCUGUCUGCCAAAGCUUUCACAGUUAGCAGUUAACGUAUAUUAACAAACAUGAUGUGUUGUGUUGUUUUUUGGUUUUUUUUUGUGCUUUUAUCAUCCUUUUCAAACCUAUAGCUACACGUUUUAUGGAGAUUUGUCACAUUUUAGAUUUUUAUUUUUGUUAGAUUUGAAAGAAAUAAACAAUCAGCACAGCUUCAGCAGCGUCAGUAUCCAUGUCAAAGACUACAGUUCAAUUAUUUUGCAAUGUGAAGUCCUUUACUGUACUUUUAAAUGUCCUUUACGUGCAACACAUAUACAGAUUCUAGAGGUAUUAGGAAGUGGUUUCUCCUCCUAGUGCUUUGAGUCAUAUCAGCCCAACACUAUAUUAUGGAUUCUGUAGUUGUGCAAUCACUGAUAGUUUCAUAUAGAGAGUGGUUUUUUUUAUUUAUUUUUUUUUUUACCAGUGAAACUACCCACUGCUGUAUAGUGUUUCUCUGAGCACUGUAAGAAGUUACAAUUUAGCUGGUACUUUGAGUUUCACCCUUUAACGAUUACGACCGUUAUAAUGAAUUGGAUUGAGGAAGACAAGGACAAAGGACUUCUUGCACAUAAUGUGUCCUAUUAAAGUUAAUUUUGUUAACUGGGAAAAACACAUUUGUGUAUGUGACUAGCUGGUCUGUCCAAUGCAUAUUGCAUUGCUAAAUUCCUUUAUCUUUUUUUUUUUUUUUUAAACCUUAAAAUGUGUAGGUACAGUUCUUCAAUGUAACAUGGUCCCGAAUGGGCAAUGAUACGCGAAUGGAUUUGGAGAACUCAUUAAACUGCUGCGGACUGCUGAACACAACAGAGAGCAGGACACAAUUUAACACUGAUUACUCUAUGUGCAAAGCGGUGAGUGCUUCACCAAUGUUAGAGACUUACUUCUUUUGGUAGAACUAUAUUUAUUUUUUAUUCACUUUAUUUAUUUAUACUUUAUUUUCUAAUGGAUAACUCCACACACAAAGCACUUCCUACAGUGCUUUAUUCGUCUUUAAUCUGUCGUAUUUGUGACUGCUUAUAAAAGUGCAGAUUUUCAAUCGAAAUUGGCACUUUUAUGUUUGUGGGCGUAAACACCUCCUUCUUUUACUCAGGCAGACAGAGAGGUUUUCUUCAGUUUCUGCUAGCUCCACAAAGAUAAUGGAAGUGGCAGGUGCUAACUUCGUGGCCUCCCCCCUCCUUCAUUGAGCUGUACUACAGCUCAUUGAGACGCAUCGGAACUCUGUGACCGUAUUUGCAUGCUUGCAGCUCCAUUGGUGAUUGCAAAGGGGAGGGUUUUUAAAGGUUUUAUUUUCAUAUACCCCAAAAGAAAAUAUGCAGAAAGGGGGGAGAUAUACUAUAUAGGUUUUUUUUUUCUUCAGUUUUAUUAGUAAAUUUAAUGGUGUGUUCCAAGUCAUCUAAAAAAAAAAAAAAAAAAGACACAUAACUAAUACCACUUCACCGCCACUGCUGGGGUCUGUCUAUAAUAAUUACUAUUAUAAGGGAGUCACUCUGACACUUUAAAAUAGUGAGCAGCUAUAGAAUUCAUGUUUCCAGAUAUGUACAAAAUCUACACUAUUGCAUUUGCUGAUUCUGCUGUUGCCUUUUCUUUGCAGGAAUGCAUAAAGCAACACAAAUGUGUGACCUGUGGUGAUAAAAUGCUGAAGCAUGCAGACGAAGCUCUUAAAAUCCUUGGGGGAGUUGGACUCUUUUUCAGUUUCACAGAGGUAAUGUAAAUGUUUGUUUUGUCCCUUGCAAAAUGCUAGUUCUUGUUUACCUGUUUAAUACUGGAGUCCUAAGAGGCCUCAGCAAUAGUUAUACUGUGUUAUUCAAUAAACUGGGAAUGAAUAAGGGAAUUGUAAAAACACUGUAGUAUGAUCUUAAAGUGCUUGAAACAUUCUAAAAAAUGUGCAUAUAUUUACAUACUAGUUCCUACUUGUUCCUAAUCUGCAAUGUAAACACUGUAUUUUUUGGGGGGGGAGGGGUUUCUCUGAAAAGACUGUGUUUACUGCAAAAAGCCUGCAGGGACAUGGCAUGGACACUAAAACAACUACAUUAAGCUGUAGUUGUUCUUGUGACGAUAGUGUCUCUUUAGCUGUCAGGCAGUCCCCCAGACCAGUAGCAAAGCCAAUCGCCGGCAGGGAUUGGGUAAGUGGGAAUGUCGACCUAAACACCAGCAGGUGGCAUAGAAUGUCCCCGCUGGCAAUCUGCAUUGCUCCCUAUCUGGGGGGGGGACUGUCUGACAGCCUAGACAGUUCUUCCUCGGCAAAUUAGGCCCCCACGGGCCAUGUGAUCGCUCUGAAAGAGCAGUCACAUGGCCUGCAAUAGGCCUCCAUAGUGCUGCCUGCAGGGGGACUUCCUAAACUGACAGGCAGUCUUCCUGCGUCAGUAAAAUAAAAAAAUAAACAUGUUUGUAAAUAAAAAAAAUAAUAGUGUAUGUGUAUGUAUAUCUAUGUGCAGGUAAGGAGAGGAGUUAUGGAUUUAAAUUGGAAUGGAAUUAAGACUAUGGGAAAUGGACGUAGCUUCCCAUUCUUAUAAGAAAGAAAAGUUUUUUUUACCAUCUGGGCAGGCCAGUUAAAACAGGCGUGACGAGCAUGGCAGGUUAAUGUAGGCAGAUGACCAGGGAGUUAGUGGAGUAGUCCGAUAAUGUAGUCGCGACCUCACAGUAUGGUGCGUAUGACGAGGUUCAGAGAAUCAAGGAGACUCUGAAGAUACCUGUGAUGACAUGCCUUCGCCAGAGACGGUCUCCAUGCUGCCUGGUGCACCGGACCCUGCCUGUAGGUAGGCAGUCCUUUCUCAAAUGAGUCCAGUUAGGUACACUGCAAAUUGGGCUGCUGGAGGAGGCUACAGAAAAACAUGGGAUAUUUGAGCGUUUAGGGAAGGAAGUAGGGCCAUGUGUUCUUGUGUGCUUCGGGGGAUAGUAAAUGGUACUUCUAAACUAAGUAUAACUCUACUAGUAAAGGGGAAGGAUGAGUAAUAGAGGUAAAGGCCAGGUGUCGAAGUUAAUUUCUGAAAGUCAUGACCUGUGAAAAGGGUAUAGCGCAUGAUUUGGUGUAGCAGAGAAACGGUGAAUGGAUGUGGCGUAAUCCACAAGCAACACUGCAAAUACCAUCUGGUAUUGCUAGAGCUGCAUGCCUAACCCUAGAACCCAAUAGGUCUUGUAACAGAGGUCCAUAUGUCCCUUGCACACAUAAGGAAGCUGCUCUGGAGCGUGCAGCAUCAGACACACUGCCAGUCUGGAGACAGGGAACAGAUGAUGCCACUCGCUGUGAUGAGGUAAGCAAGGUCGCUGCAAGCGGCGCAGGGGACCUGACCAGUUGGAAAUCACGUCAGAGCUGAGUUGCUGGAUAAUGGGCUGUAUGAGAUGUAACGAUCGUAUGUGUCACAACGUUAGUGGCCUGGUUAUACCGAACUACUGACGUGCUGAAACGUAAUGGCAUAAUAAGAAAUUUAAGGGUUACAUUCAUAAUAAGGGGUAAUGGACCCUCUUGAGAGUAUGGCCAGGUGUAUGCCACUUGGGAAGGUUUGUGAGUGGAUUAGAAGGGUGCUUGUAUGCUGGUAGCAAAAGGAAUAGCAGAUGUGUAACAUAAGACAUGGUUGAUUAAAGGUCGUAAGUUGUGGGAUAGCUGAACUUCAGUCUACGCUUGCACCCUGAUGAUAUCUAACUUAAUUCCAGAUGAGGGUUUGGAAGUGGACUUAGUGGCCUACUGGGGACGUAUGAAGAGUGUUGCAAAGGCCUGGGGAGGGCUUGUGCAGGGAGUAUGCAUAUAAUGCCAAGAGCCCAAAUUUGAGUCCUGAGGUACAGGGUGGUCAUGAGAUGCUGAGUAACACACAUCGUGGGGGGUGGAAGGGGCGGGCGAUUUUGUAAGUCGUAGAACAUUUGGGGGGGGUUACUGGUUGUUAAGGAGGAGCGAUUAACAUAGGUAUUAUAAAGGUUGGACGUAGCAUACCCUGCGAUAUAACUGAUGAUUGAAAGGUCAGCAUGGUGAACAUAUAGAGAUUGAAAACAACUUAUCUUUAUGCAAUAUGUACCUGAUGACCGUUACCUAACUUUAUACCGGGAGUCUAGGCUAAGACCUCUAAAAUGCUAAAGUGAUAGUACAUACAGGAGACCAUAAUGGCCAUCAACCCUGCUAGUGGGGGACAGAGUAUUAGGCAUGAAUAUGCUGGAGACCAAAAUGCCAUACCUUGAUACAGUAAGAGACAGGAUUUUAAAACCUAUGCGAAAGACACUUGAACUUCUGAUUUGGCUAACAAGUUCAGGAAAUGUUGGACUAAAUAAGGUUGAAACAACAAGAAAGUGAAAAAUGAACCCCAUGAAACCAAAUAUUCCUGGCUGAAGAAAACCAUACUUCAAUCAGGAAUCAAACCUAACCCAGACAUAAAGCGUAGUACGUAACAAAAUAAUUACUUUGACAGGCCACAUGGUGGUGAUAUUCGCUUAACCUGCCAGUCUCUUAUACGAAUGGCCGAAAUUCAGCCAAAAUGAGGGGAAUGAAAGCAAAAGCCCUUACCCUUUAUUUUUUAGACUGCUAAAAUAAAGAGCCGAAAUGAAAGUGCCGAACGCGGCACGAAAUGGCAAGAUUAAUGCGAGCAGUGUUACUGUGAGUAGUUAAAACUGCCAAACGAACCCUUUCAGUGAAACGAAAGCUGACACGCGGCAAGUUUAAAAGUGUAAACUGAAUACACACGGUGAACCCAGCCUGUGUGUGUGGGCAGGGGGGAUGUGUAUGUGGGGGUCUAAGGAUUGAUAGCAUGGUGCUGGGGAACCUGGUGAGUAGGAAGGGUACCGAGCUACUGGUCCUGAUGGCAUGCUAAGAGGCACCUGUCAGGAAAACUUACUGUUAGUGAACAGACCUUUUGGACCCGACAGGUGCCUGGCGGUAGCAGCAGCACCCCUUAAGUAUAGUCUGGUUGGAUAGGAUGAAAGGAAACUGGUGUUGUUGGAAAGUAGAGAAACAUGUGAUGUUGGAUGCCAGUCAGGGGUAACUUGAUGGUAUAGUGAGCCUAAAUUUUAAGGUGGCAAAACAAAGUAGUGAGCACAACCAAAUACAUAAUGACCAACAUUAUGUACCUGUAACGUGAAUAGUAAUGGAGAGACUUGUUGACAGCAAUUGCUGGGAGACCAUUAAGGGCACAACUUGAAAUACCUUAGAACCUGGAGGAGUAAUACCGUGUACAUUGAAAUAGCGGAAUCUGGCAGACACGGGAGCCUUACAAGGGCUUAGGAAAUUGUUGUAAACAUGUAAGUGACAACCAAUAUAUACCUUGCAAACAACUGAGGGGUAACACGAGCAACUUAGACUAAAGCAGGUGGCAUGAAUAUGAAAAUACCAGCAAAAAAGUCUAUAUUGCGGGGUAGCCAUCGUGGAGUUCGUUUAGUUUUGUAUGGUAUGGUUGUAACCUGUAACUGAAAUCUGCAGUAUCCCCUAAACAUAGAAACAUAGAAUGUGAUGGCAGAUUAGAACCAUUUGGCCCAUCUAGUCUGCCCAAUUUUCUAAAUACUUUCAUUAGUCCCUGGCCUUAUCUUAUAGUUAGGAUAGCCUUAUGCCUAUCCCACGCAUGCUUAAACUCCUUUACUGUGUUAACCUCUACCACUUCAGCUGGAAGGCUAUUCCAUGCAUCCACUACCCUCUCAGUAAAGUAAUACUUCCUGAUAUUAUUUUGAAACCUUUUGUCCCUCUAAUUUAAGACUAUGUCCUCUUGUUGUGGUAGUUUUUCUUCUUUUAAAUUUAGUCUCCUCAAUUACUGUGUUGAUUCCCUUUUAUGUAUUUAAACAGAACUUGCAAUAAAAGCCUAAAUAGGGCUCUUUUUACAGGAAGUGUUUAUGGAAGGCUGUGCAAGUCACAUGCAGGGAGGUGUGACUAGGGUUCAUAAACAAAGGGAUUUAACUCCUAAAUGGCAGAGGAUUGAACAGUGAGGCUGCAGGGGCAUGUUCUAUACACCAAAACUGCUUCAUUAAGCUAAAGUUGUUCAGGUGACUAUAGUGUCACUUUAACUCCUAAAUGACAGUGAAUUGAGCAGUGAAAUUGCAGGGGAAUGAUCUAUACACUAAAACUGCUUUAUUUAGCUAAAGUAAUUUAGGUGACUAUAGUGUUCCUUUAAACUGAACAUGACUGACUGAUGUUCCUGAUGCAUGUAGACCGUACAAAGAAAGUCUGGGUGGUGCUUAAACGUGAGGGAAUGCAAAAGCAGCAGACAAGAGAACUGCAGGUUUAGCUAGCUGUUUUAGAUUAUACACCAAUGAAAAUUACAUCAUUAAAUGCAUGCAAGCUGUCCCUUGGGGCAUAUCUACUAAACAGUGAAUUACCAAACAAUGUUGGCCCAAUGAGUACCUGCAUACUCAGAGGGCAGACUAACAUUUAAAAUAUAGGGUGACUAACUGAAAUGCAUAUGAUACAGUUUUAUGAAUUUUGAGGUUAUUUAGUAAGAAGAUUUAAGACAUUUAGAAGAUGUGUACAGAGAAUGUAUAUACAAGUUUAUAUUUUAUUUCCUUUACCACAUGUUUGGGCCUGACAUAAAUUUAGUCAGUCAGAUGCAAAACCUAGCCACAUAAUUACUAAACAAUGAAGGCUCAAAAAGUGCAGGAAUACCCAGGACAGACAAAAAACUUUAAUAUGUAGAGUGAAACAUUAAAUUGCAGGGGGACUAACUAAAAUGCAUAUGAUAAAAAUCGAUUAUGGCCUAGUGUUGCCAAGAUACAGUAAGCAGAAUGAGUCAUCGCUGCCAAAUACAGUAAGCAGAAUGAGGCAGGCUAUGUAUGAUUGAAAUAGGCUGAAUAUGCUUUACUGGUAAAAUUUGCCAUAUCCGAAUGGCUGAACAAACAAACUUACAGUUUUGUUGAAAAAAACAAGUUAUAGAAGCCGUGGAUGGGCUGGACGUGGCAGUGCCCCAUGAGCUUCUAGCAAGACGGCUGUUCACUAGAGUGAGGCAAACAAAUACUUGCGUGGGCCACAGUUGGCCAAGACCAGCUUGUUUGGAGUUUAGGCCGUUUGUGUUGAUGACCUUUGAACUGGAUAGUCUCAUCAGCCUGCAUCUCGGAAGACCAGUCACGGUAGGUUAUGGAAGGGGGGUGUCGUUUUUAAAAAUUCCAUAAGCCCUUCCCCACAACAAGAGAGAGAGAGAGAGAUCGCGGACGCUCCAGCUGCUAAGUAACAGUCGGACCAGAACUUUUAUUUUGUUUAGUAGUUUCACUUGUGGCUAAUUACACCUCACCUGUAUCUGAUCAAUUAGCUAGCAGGCUUUUAAAAAGAAGGGAAUCAGCAUGCUGCAGAGUGAGGAGGAAAAGCCAGAGGAAUGGUGUCUUUCAGUUAUACUUUUUGUAAAUUGGCAAGUGGGAAAGCCACGCAAUUCCAGAUAGGGAUUUGCUGUGUAUAGUAAGUGCUCAAGCAAGAGCAAGGAAUUUUGUUUUGUUUAUUUUUCGUUUUUGAAACGUGUGUGUGUGUAUAUAUAUAUAUAUAUAUAUAUAUCUCUAUCUCUCUCUCACCGAAUAAAUCUGAAAAACAGAGCUGGAUGUGUCCUGGACUUUCAUUAUCCUAGAAGAUCUGUGACAAAAAAAAUCCUACCUGGAAAAGAAGUGGUGUGUGUGUGUGUAUGUAUGUAUAUAUAUGUAUAUGUAUGUAUAUAUAUAUAUAUGUGUAUAUGUGUGUGUGUGUGUAUAUAUAUAUAUAUAUAUAUAUAUAUAUAUAUAUAUAUAUAUAUAUACACACACACACUCUCAGAACAAAAAAAAAAUUAUUACAUAUCUUAAUUUCUCACACUUUUUUUAGAUUUUAUUCAUAAUAAAUUGUUUUAUAUUUAAAUAGUUCAUGUGGGGGGGUGGAGCCUGGCAGCCAUACUGAGCGGUCGCACAUUCAAGAGCUCCGUACAAAAAUGCUUAAAUCCAGCCAAAAUCUGGGCACAAUCCUCCUAAAUCGACAGCUAAGCGACCUGGGGAAGGGAGCCCAAGACUGCGAAGACAAGCACCCCGACCGAAAUCAGAGGCUCCUACCCGGGUACAGACCUGAGGUCUACAAGAGGCCUACUCAGCUACAAUGGGGGAGGCAGCCGAUCCCUACGCUGACUGCAGCCCACUAGCCUGGAGGUCUCCCCGGUACACUCCUCCCUCCCCCCCCCCCCAGCCAGUGAGGGUUAUCCCGGCAACCAAAGCCUGUGACAAAGUGCAAAACGACAACAGUGUCUGUCUCACACUGCCGGCACAGCACUGAACACCAUGGCAGUCACCACGUGUAACCCACUGAACGGCACCCUGGUGCCGCCCCUUGAAGAAAGGCUGGAUCGCCUAUUUGCUGCCUUUUGGGCAAAAAUUUAUCAACAAGGGGGCACCAAAGAGGAGACCCCACCAGCAACGUCCCAAAGAGCAGACGUUUGGAGACCUGCGGCUCUCGACCGGGGCACUGGUGAAACUCUGAGGGCGGGAAGGAGGCGGCGGACGACCCGACACAAACCUCUAAACCACAGACCUAGACCAGUGGUGAGUUGUCCUACCCACCAGCAGGGACUACCCCUUCGCAACCCUCAUUAAGGCCAGCACUCACCAGGCUGGGAACACACACAAGAGACUGCAGAGACCCAAAGCGGAACCUUACUGACCACCCACUGCGCCCCUGAGGCUCCCAGUCAGACACCUUCUCCGGCCAUAACACUCACAUGCAAGCGGGGAAUUGGCUUAAACCACCACACCAGCGAAGCACUGGCCCUCAACCAUGAGGCAGGUCGGAGUACUAGCGCAUAAGCCUCACACACUCACACGUUGGGACUCUCAUUUAUCUGAUCUAAGUUCAUUUGUUUAGCAGUCAAGAUUAGCGAUAACCACAAAGCAUACUAGUGUCACACAGAGUAGAAAAGCCUUAACCUACCUAAACGAGAACCUAAUCUACUGUAAUAUACAUAGCAAUGUGCUUUUUGAAUCAGACCUAACCUGUAUCAAAUUAGUUCAUAUGUUAUUUUAUGGUACUCACAGCUAGUUAACUCGUGACACUAGCGAGGAUAUAUUCAGUUGUAACUGCUAUGAUAAGCUACCUUUUCAUUUUUAUUUUAAUGACUUCACUGUUUCGCAAAGCUGAUAUUUGUUAGAAUUAUAUAAAAAUGUGCAAUUCCUCUUGCCACUGUUCAACUUAAGUACAUUCUUAGACACGCUGUUGUGGCGUAUGACAUUGCUAUGUAUAACAUGCACAACAAAAAUAAAGCAUUUAAAAAAAAAAAAAAAAUAAAUAGUUCAUGUGAAAUUAAAGCCCUGUUUCUUGUGAACAAAAUUAUAUAUAAUAAGUGUGGGUGCGCUUUAUAUGAAAAGAGGGGAAUUAUGGUUGAACAGACAUAUAGCGCAAAUUCCAGUUUUUGUCUACGUUUUGUUUUGAUCCCAACUUGUACAAUUGGCUCAGUCCUUAACCCCUUCAGGACGGGUGACGGACGAGGUCCGUCACACAGGGGAGACCCUUAACGACGGGUGACGGACCUCGUCCGUCACGCGGUAAAAUUAACCCCGGAUCGCCGCUAUCGCGGCGAUCGCGGGGUUAAUGGUGCUCCCGGUAUGCCUCUGCAUUAGAGGCAUACCGGGAGCACCCGGUCAAGCUGCCCAGCACAUGUGCUCGCUCUGACCACAAGUCUGAGCGAGCACAUGUGCUCUGUAUACUCACCUACCGGCUCCCUGCACUUCCGGGUUCUGUGUGAAGUGCAGGGAGCCGGAUCAGUGCUGAUCCUGCCCCCUGCUGUAAAAAAAAAUAAAGUUUAUUUAAAGUCCCCCCUUACCCAUUUUAAUAAAAAAUUAACCCCUUCCCUGCCAAUUGAUCACUGACUACAGUGAUCAAUUGGCAGGGAUUACAUUUUACUAUGAUCUGAUUUUUUUUUUUAACCCCUGAGGGUUAAUUUUUUUUUUUUUAACCCUCAGGGGUUAAAUUAAUUAAAUUAAUUAAUUAAAUUAUUUUUAAAUUAUAUAUUUAGAUAGCUGGGGUAGGUGGAAGUUAGUGGGGAAUUGGGGGAUUUGACGUUAGGCUAACUAGGGGUUAACGUUAAAAAAAAGUUUUAAAAGAAACUUUAAAAAGUUAAAAAUUAAGCUUAAAAAAAUAUUUUAAUAACAUUUAAGUAAUAAAAACAAAAAAACACACUUUACCUAGUCCAAAUAAAAAUUAACCCCUUCCCUGCCAGUCGAUCACUGCCUACAGCGAUCAAAUAGAGAUCACAGUAUUAUACUGUGAUCUAAUUUUUUUUAACCCCUGAGGAUUAACUUUUAUUUAUUUUUUUUAACCCUCAGGGGUUCAAUUUAUUUAAUUAAUUUAAAUAUUUUAUAACUAUAUAUUUUGCUAGCUGGGGUGGGUGGGAGUUAUGGGAAAAUGGGGAAUUUACUGUUAGUGCUGCGUACUGCUAGUUAGGGGUUAACAGUAAAAAAAAUAGCUUAGAAAAAUGUUAAAUCUGUAAAAAAGUUUUAAGAAAGUUUAGGAAAGUUUAAAAAAAAUUUAUAAGCAAAACAAAAGUUUAAAAACUAGUUUUUAAAAGUAAAAAGUUAUAAAAAGUAAAAAAAUACAUUUUAAAAACGCUCAUUACCACUACACCUGGAGCAAACUAGAGAAAAAAUUAUCCCACGCCAAGGUUCAAAAUAUGCCUUUUGAAUUACCCCAGGGUGUAUUCUUUAAUAAAUAGUAUGUGUUUGUGGGGAAGUCUCAAUAACCAACCGUCUAAACUAUUCCAAAUUGGAACAUGGACACAGCGUAAAACUUCAAAGUUAGAAAAAAACUGAAUGGCUGCGUCUCAAAUGCGCCCCUUCAACAUCCACAUAUACCUGGCAAAGGUACAUACGGGGGUAUUGCUGUACUCAGCCGACAUAGCUGAGCAACAUAUGAAGUAUUAUACAGUCAUAGUACACAUAAGGUUUGUAAAAUAUGCUGCGCAAACUCACUUUGUAUGUCAAAAAGGCAGAAAAAAUGCUUAUUACCACUACACUUGGUACAAGCUAGCGGAAAAAUGAUCCCACACUAAGGUUCAAAAUAUGCCUUUUGAAAUACCCUGGGAUGUCUUCUUUAAGAAAUGGUAUGGCUUUAUGGGGAAUUUGGAUUAUAUAGCCUGGUAAAAUACUCUAAAAUGGGACAUAGGCACAGCAUAAAAAUUCAAAGUUUGAAAAAAACUGGAAUGGCUGUGUCCCAAAUGUGCCCCUCCGAUGUCCACACAUACCUGGCAAAGGUACAUACGGGGGUAUUGCUGUACUCAGCCGACAUAGCUGAGCAACAUAUGAAGUAUUAUACAGUCGUAGCACACAUAAGGUUUGCAAAAUAUACUGUGCAAACUCACUUUGUAUGUCAAAAAGGCAGAAAAAACGCUUAUUACCACUACAUCUGGUACAAGCUAGCGGAAAAAUGAUCCCACGCUAAGGUUCAAACUAUACCUUUUGAAACACCCUGGGGUGUCUACUUUAAGAAAUGGUAGGCCUUUGUGGGGUAGAUUGAAUUUAAAACCCGCGAAGAUGCUUGGAAAUUGCACAUAGGCCCAGCGUCAAAAUUCAAAGUUUGGUAAAAACGGAUAUGGCUUGGUCUCCUAUAUGGCACUGUAGCUUCACAAAAUAGUGACAAAGACAUUCAUUGAGGGUGUAUUUUUACUCAAAAGACUUAGCUGAGCAUAAUUUUGGGAGGUUUGAACUUAGUGGCACAUAUGAAAUAUACAAAACGCCCAGCAAAAAUGCAAUCCAUAUGUAAAAAAUGCACAAAAUAAUUUUUUUACCACAUACUUUGGCAUAUAUUGGUGAAAAAAUGGGGGUAUGUUAAGGCACAAUAUGCACCUUAUGAGAUACCCUGGAGUGUCUACUUUUACAAAUGGUAGGCCUUUGUGGGGGGUUUUUUGAACAGUCAAACUGUUAUAAUACCCCAAAUGGAAGCUAAGGCUCAUUAAAUCCAUCUCUCAAAAUUCUACUGUGAAUACUGUAAAGGACAGGUCUCCUAUAUGGCACUGUAGCUUCACGAAAUAGUGCCAAAGACAUUCAUAUGGGGUGUCAUUUUACUCAGAAGACUUAGCUGAGCAUAAUUUGGGGGGUUUGAACUUAGUGGCACAUAUGAAAUAUACAAAACGCCCAGCAAAAAUGCAAUCCGUAUGUAAAAAAUGCACAAAAUUUUUUUUUACCACAUACUUUGGCAUAUAUUGGUGAAAAAAUGGGGGCAUGUUAAGGCACAAUAUGCACCUUAUAAGAUACCCUGGAGUGUCUACUUUUACAAAUGGUAGGCCUUUGUGGGGGUUUUUUUGAACAGUCAAACUGUUAUAAUACCCCAAAUGGAAGCUAAGGCUCAUUAAAUUCAUCUCUCAAAAUUCUACUGUGAAUACUGAAAAGGACAGGUAUCCUGUAUGGCACUGUAACUUCACGAAAUAGUGCAAAAGACAUACAAUGGGGGUGUCAUUUUACUCAGCAGAUAUAACUGAACACAAAAUAAAACUUUGUACAGGAAUAGCACACACCAACUUUACAAAAUAUACACGAGAAUUUCUCUGUUAUAAGUUUGUGUGCCAAAAACCAAAAAGAACACAAUUUUACUCCAAUAUUUAGCAGAGGUUGGCGGUAAUAUGGCUACGUAGAAAGUGUCAAAACAACCUUAGGUAAAUAGCCCAUGAUGUCUACUUUAUAUAAAUAUAUACUUUUGUGUGGCAAUUUUGUUUUCUUUUAUGGCUAUUAAGCUUACAAGACAAACAUACCAAAUUCUAAAAUCGCUCCACAUUAAAAUUUUAUUUUACUCCUUGUGCUUUGUGACCUGUAACUACCAAAAAAAACUUAAAAUCCCAGACACAUUAUAUAUUCUGUAAAUCAGAACAAAUAAAUAAAUUUAUUUUUAAUUACUUUCCUUAACCUGCACUAAUUAUGCACACAUUAUUAUUGCAAAAACUGUAAAAAAAAACAAUAUUUUUCAUUUUUUUUGCAUUUUUCUGUAUUUUUUUUAUAAUAAGUAAGCAUUUAUAUAUAUAUAUGUUAUAUCAAAUUAAAGCCCUUUCUGUCCUUUAAAAAACAGUAUAUAAUAUGUGUCGGUGCAAUAAAUGAGAGAGAUGCAAAUUGCAGUUGAACGCAAACAGCAAGAAAAUGCAAAAAUUGCUUGUGUCAUUAAGCGUAAGUCAAGCUUCUGAAGCUGUGUCCUUAAGGGGUUAAGGGCUUAAAGAGCAUUAGAAGGUGACUAUCCAACCAAAAAGGGAAUUGGGAGAAAGUAUCCAACCUUGCUAAAUUGGAGGUGAUGUUUUUUUUUUUUUUUCAACUUUGUAACCACAAACAACUGCUCAACAAAAAUACAAAAAAAUCUUUUUUUUUUUUUUAAAGUUUCUGAUUUUAUUUUGACAAUUUUUUUCCAAGCUUAGAAAAACAUGAUUUCUGAAUAGACCAUGUUAAACAUAUUUCACAUUAUGUUUUAAUGUAGCACAGUGACUUUUGAAUUGAAAAUGUUUAUUUUUCCCAAAUGUUUUGUUGAUGUGGUGUUUUUAAAUAAGUGACCUGUCUUUUAUAGCAAGGUUUUUAUAGCAUAAUCUACAUUUUCUCUUUUUCAGAUUCUUGGCGUAUGGCUUGCAUUUCGCUACAGAAACCAAAAAGAUCCACGUGCAAACCCCAGUGCGUUUCUAUAGGGGAAAGAGAACCUCUUCUCACAAUCCUUCAAUCAUAUAUUUUUUAUUUUAUAGUGUCUCCCAUCUCUUAGCUGCUGACUUCAUAUCCUGUGGAUUGUGUGCUAUACUUGGCAUGGGGAAAGGGACAUAUUCCGUACCUCCAGAUCUGAGGCUGACCGAAAACCUCCUAAAAUAGGGCUUCUUUGAGGAAUGCAAUCAGAACAUGUUUAGGAUCCUAUAAUGUAAAUUGAUUAAAUAGGUUUUAGACUUCUGUCAGUGCACUGGACAUUCCAUGAUACUUGAAAGUGUGACUUGCUUUAAGAUGCAAGGAAUGUGGCCCAAUGCAUUUCCUUUUUCUACAAGGGUUUUUUGUUUUACUAAAGCAUGAUUGAAAAAUAUAAUUACUUCCUAAUUGCCAUGCAUUUUAAAGAGCGGAUUGGAUGAUGGCUCUGUUAAACUGUACAUAUAUAUAUAAAAAUACAUGCCAGUCAUUCUUGAUGAUGUUUUUUUUUCUUUUUAAUUCAUGGCAAAAAUUAAAAAUAAAUAAGCGCUUGUAUGGUCGUACAGACAAACAAUUUAGGUACUCUGCUAGAUUCAGUUUUAAACUUUAAUCCACUCAGGUGAAAACAUUUGUUUAAUUCAGAUAAUCAAACUGCUUUAACUUUCCUGAUUGGCCUCCAGUGACUUUACUGAGGACUUGGGUUAAGCAUUUUUAUAUUGAUCUGAGUGUGUGCUGGUGGCUCUUCACUUUAGCUUGAAGUGAACACUGGAGGAAUAUCACUAAAUACCCAAUAUAAUAGUUCAGCUUUACGACAUUGUGUGCGCACUUGUGCCAACCGUGACAUUGGUGAAUAAACCUCUGCAUAUUGUCCUGAUUAAACCUGCAUCCCUUAAUUCCAUAGUGACUUUUCCAUUGUUAAUUUGUAUUGGCGGACAUCUGAGGAAUCCAUGCACUGCUGUAAUUUCAGACAAUCCUUCUGGUAGUUAGGUUGUCCUGGUUGCUGUAGUCUUCUAACCACCUCAUUGCCCCCUGUAAUAAUCUCAAGACCAACUUGUGGUGUUUGGGAGUGGUACAUACAUACACUCUACAUUGUCAUUCGAGAAAACAUGUUUUAUUCAUUGAAAUAGGUACUGCACCUAUGGAGUUAAUUGCAAAUUCUAAUAGGUAUCCAAUAGGUAGUUAUUAAUUGUAUUUUAUUUGUUUGCCUUUGUUCUUGCAAACUCUUCAAAUUACCAAUAUUCUAUUUUGUUUGUCAUGCUUUGAGUGUGUAUUUGCAAAAGCACCAUCAUGGGAAGAUGAUGUCUAGGAUGCAAAGAAUCAUGGGAAGGGGGCAGUGCCUACCAACUAGUAAUGUAACAAAUGUAUUUCUUAUUUCCUUUGCUGUGCAGUGUAACUGCUUCUGUAGCAUAUACCGGGAUGUUGUCAAUUUGAACUAUUCCCUCCUCCCCCCUCCCCCCCCGCCACCCUCUCCCAAAAAAAGUGACCUUUGUAUUUCGAACUCUUUUUAAAGAGGAACGGUCACUUCUCUGGAAAUGAAACAUCAAAUAAAACAUUGAAAAUUACAUAUAA